GCGGGGUCUGCAGCGCGUCCCGGAGGGGCGAGGUACCGGACUUUGGAGAGAGGUCUCAUCUGAACCCGGAAUUGGUCCUGAACCGGAUCCCGAGCCUGUUGCAGAGUGGUCAGCAUGCUGCGCUUCCUGGUUCCCCGGCUGCUUUGCCUCCAGGGCAGGACUGCCCGGUACUCCUCAGCAGCAGCCCUCCCAAGCCCAAUCUCCAACCCAGACAUCCGCUACAACCAGCUGUUCAUCAACAACGAGUGGCAAGACGCAGUCAGCAAGAAGACCUUCCCCACGGUCAACCCCACCACAGGUGAGGUCAUCGGGCACGUGGCUGAAGGGGACAGGGCAGAUGUGGACAGGGCAGUGAAAGCAGCCCGUGAGGCCUUCCGCCUGGGUUCCCCGUGGCGCCGCAUGGAUGCGUCUGAGCGGGGCCGGCUGUUGAACCGCCUGGCGGACCUAGUGGAGCGGGAUCGCGUCUACUUGGCCUCCCUGGAGACCUUGGACAACGGGAAGCCUUUCCAAGACUCUUACGCCUUGGACCUGGGUGAGCUCAUCAAGGUGUACCGCUACUUUGCUGGCUGGGCCGACAAAUGGCAUGGGAAGACCAUCCCCAUGGAUGGCGAGCACUUCUGCUUCACCCGGCACGAGCCUGUGGGCGUCUGUGGCCAGAUAAUACCGUGGAACUUCCCCUUGGUCAUGCAGGGCUGGAAGCUGGCCCCGGCCCUGGCCACAGGCAACACCGUGGUCAUGAAGGUUGCAGAGCAGACCCCCCUUUCUGCCCUGUACCUGGCCUCCCUCAUCAAGGAGGCGGGCUUCCCCCCGGGGGUGGUGAACAUCAUCACGGGCUACGGCCCAACAGCAGGAGCGGCCAUCGCCCAGCACAUGGAUGUUGACAAAGUUGCCUUCACUGGCUCCACGGAGGUGGGGCACCUGAUCCAGAAGGCUGCCGGCGACUCCAACCUCAAGAGAGUCACCCUGGAGCUGGGUGGGAAGAGCCCCAGCAUCGUGUUGGCCGAUGCCGACAUGGGUGACGCCGUGGACCAGUGUCACGAAGCCCUCUUCUUCAACAUGGGCCAGUGCUGCUGCGCGGGGUCCCGGACCUUUGUCGAAGAAUCCAUCUACGAUGAGUUUCUCGAGAGAACCGUGGAGAAGGCCAAGCAGAGGAAAGUUGGGAACCCCUUUGAGCUGGACACCCAGCAGGGGCCCCAGGUGGACAAGGAGCAGUUUGAACGAAUCCUGGGCUACAUCCGGCUGGGCCAGAAGGAGGGGGCAAAACUUCUUUGCGGUGGGGAGCGUUUUGGGGAGCGUGGUUUCUUCAUCAAGCCUACGGUCUUUGGUGGGGUGCAGGAUGACAUGACGAUUGCCAAGGAGGAGAUCUUUGGGCCCGUGCAGCCCCUGUUCAAGUUCAAGAAGAUCGAAGAGGUGAUUGAGAGGGCCAACAACACCAGGUAUGGCCUGGCUGCUGCCGUGUUCACCAGGGACCUGGACAAGGCCAUGUACUUCACCCAGGCCCUGCAGGCUGGGACGGUGUGGGUGAACACCUACAACAUCAUCACCUGCCACACGCCCUUCGGAGGCUUUAAGGAAUCUGGCAAUGGUAGGGAGCUGGGGGAGGAUGGGCUUAGAGCCUACACGGAGGUGAAGACUGUCACCAUCAAGGUUCCCCAGAAAAACUCAUGACAAUGCUCACCUCCAGACCCAGCCGAGCCCAGCCCAGCCAUGCCACAGCUGUCUAGACUGGGCGCUUGCUUCCAAUUUUUUUUUUUUUUUUGGCCCUGGAUUCCCUUUAUUUGUUCCAAAUGAACUGUUAGAAGGAACUCCAACAAAUAAAACAACUAAAUCAGAGCUGUUCCUUUUAAAGCAGGCUGGAGGCUGGGUUCCACGUCCUUUGCCUCUGCUCCUCAGCCCCUGCACUCUUGGUGGCCCUUGCGUUACUUCUGUGAACCCUUAGGAGUCUCUGGAAGACAUUAAAGCCACUCAUUGGGUGGACAGUCACUUUUGGUCAUUCCUGCUGAUCCAGGGACUUUCUGGUAGAUGAAUCGGUGGAUUUGAAAAUGGUCUCGUCUCAGAGGAUUUGAAGACAAUAAGAGUUUUGACCUAGGUGGACAACAAAUCUUGGCCCUGUUUUUCAUUGACUGAAUCUCAAAAUGAGGACUUUUUCUUUUCUAAGUUCCAAUCCCUGGCUGCUUUGCUUGCUCUUCAUUUUAUUACUGAUUUUCCUUCAUGUGAGGAAAAGGGUAGGUGAGGAAUGCAUUUCUAUAUAAUCACACCUUUAAACUAAACUUGAACACCCCCAAUGCCCAUUAACUGAUGAGUGGAUGAACAAAAGGUUUCCAUUCCUUUAACUAUUCUCCAAACAAAGGAAUGAGUGCCAGGCUCGGUGGCACACUCCUGUAAUCCCAGCUGCUCUGGAGGCUGAGGCAGGAGGAUUGCAAGUGCAAGGUCAGCCUGGGCA